CCGCCGCCAUCUUGCCCUGCGCGCCCGUCCGCCCUCCCCAGCGGGCGCCGUGGCGGAGCCUAUAAAAGGCGGCGGCACCGACCGCGUGUCUCUGUGUGUGCGGUGUGUGUCAGGCGGACCGACAGACAGACCGACCGAUUGCGCUAUGCUGGCGCUGAGCGCCGCCCGCCGCCUUCUUCGCCCGCCCGGGGACCUGCUGCUGCCGCCGGCGGGGCUCGCCUGCAUGCGGGCGGCCGGAGCCCGCCGCGGCUUCGGGAGCGGCGCCGACCGGCCGAACCCGGUGGUGUACUUGGACGUGGGCGCCGACAACCAGCCGCUGGGACGCGUCGUGCUGGAGCUGAAAGCUGACGUGGUUCCAAAGACAGCAGAAAAUUUUAGAGCUCUUUGUACUGGUGAAAAAGGAUUUGGGUACAAAGGAUCCACUUUUCAUAGAGUGAUUCCUUCAUUUAUGUGCCAGGGUGGUGACUUUACAAAUCAUAAUGGAACCGGUGGAAAAUCCAUUUAUGGCAGUAGAUUUCCAGAUGAAAAUUUCAUACUUAAGCAUGUAGGACCUGGUGUUCUUUCAAUGGCCAACGCGGGACCCAAUACAAACGGAUCUCAGUUCUUCAUUUGCACUGCAAAAACCGACUGGCUGGACGGAAAACAUGUAGUUUUUGGGCAUGUAAAGGAAGGAAUGGAUGUUGUGAAAAAAAUCGAGAGCUUUGGUUCCCAGAACGGCAAGACCUCCAAAAAGAUUGUCAUUACUGACUGUGGCCAGCUGUCCUAGCCUUCUGCCCUACCAUUCGGGACAACUUCGAUGCUGUGAAAAACCCCACACAUUUCUGAUCCCAUGAGUAGCACCUUAUGGCACCAUAUUUUCUAUUAAACUUGGUCCAACUUUUAUACUUACAUUGAAUAAUAGAGAUGAAAAGCAUAAAACAAAAACUGAAACGUGUUUUAACUGAGCUACCUUGUUGUCACACUGGUUUGGGAAAGUCCCAUUGCGGUUUGAAAUCGGUAGCACAGUCACCCAGAGCACAUCUGACUGCAGCGUCGGUACUGUUCGUAGCGUUUGGAUGUUUCAGGUGUUGGAAUCGGUGGUGGAGCUGACAACUUAGGUGUUCUGUAAAUUGAGAAAUGUCAGGUUUCCUCUGGUGCUAAUAAACACCUGUUCCGUUGUUCGUCACAUCAUUUGGAAGAAAUAAUCCUAACCAGUGCUCUCAAGGCUGGCUGCAACACGAUUGUCAGACAUUUUCUUUCUGUGUCUCAGUUUAAGUCUAUCCAACAGAAUUAAUGUGUGGUGGUGGGGUUUUUAAGAUUAAUUCUGGUUUAAUCUUAGUUUUUUGUUGUUUGGGUUUUUUUUUGUAGUCACAGACCACUGUUUAAAACUGAAUUCUACCUUACCUUGCUUCAGUGGAGCGAUUUGACUUUUGGGCUAAGUAAGUUGCUUUAGGUCGAGUUAGCCUGCUGCUGGAGCUCUGCCUGGGCAGUAAGGCCACAAAUCAGCCAAAAGAUCAUGGGACUUUGCUGUUACGCAGCUGUGAACUCACUUGAAGCGCAGUUCUGCUCUGAGAACUGAUUCUGUGAGGAGUACAGCACCAUUCCCAAUAGCCUGUUUUUGCACUUUGAGACUAUAAUCGGAGUAUAGUGAGCUUGCUUGAGGGAGAAAUAGGUUUCAUUGCUUUUUUUUUUUGUCCUGUUGGUCCUGCCAAGUCAGCCCACCUUGGAUAUUACUGGGAUUAUGAUUUCUUCUCAUGCAUCAUCAUCAGAAGUCAAAAAUGGUCACCACGAAAUCACAAGGCUUGAUCAGUGCGACAAAAUCAUUGUUGGGGUUGAUGCACGAGAAGGAAAGAAUUCAGCUGAUCAGAUAAGCCCAUUUCCCAUGCAUAGACCAGUGUGUGUUAGGUGGAGUGCUUGAGCAUUAACAAACGUUGCAACCUCACAGCACUGCUUCUAGAGUCACUAAAGCUUUAAAGAAUGCUUGGGGGAAAAAGCACUUGACUGUUUUUGUGCAAUAAUCUUGCUACUGAAUUAAAAAAUAAACUGUGAUGGCUCUCCUCAACUGUGAAUUUACUUCCAUUGCAUUCUGAUAAUACGUGGGUUUCAAACUGUUUUCCACUAGUGGUUUUUUUUCCACUGAGGGCUGCAUUCUUGUGUGUGCGAGGUAGUUAUUAAGAGUGUAAUUUUGCAGAAAAUGGAAUGGAAGAGCUUUUUAUUGUUACCAAUGUAGCUGUUUCAUUACGCUUUGUAGUAUUUUUGAAAUAUUAAUUUGUGCUGAUUCAGUUUAUUCCAGUUUGAUAGAAUAAUGGUGGUUUGGGGUUUUUUUGGUGUUAUCUUAAUUUGUAUAUGCAAAAUAAUUAAAUACAGUCCUACCACAACAAA